AUAAGGCCAUGCAGUGUGCGGGGUACCUGUAUAAAAGAAACGGGCUGAAGGGACACUGCAUAACUGGAGGAGAGAAGGCAGGAGCCGUCCGUGCAGCGCCGGGAAAGACCACCAUGGCCAAGGAGUGGGGCUACGCCAGCCACAAUGGUCCUGACCACUGGCAUGAACUUUACCCAAUUGCCAAAGGGGACAAUCAGUCUCCCAUUGAGCUGCAUACUAAAGACAUCAAAUAUGACCCUUCUCUGAAGCCAUGGUCAGCAUCUUACGACCCUGGCUCUGCCAAGACCAUCCUGAACAAUGGGAAGACCUGCAGAGUUGUGUUUGAUGACACUUAUGACAGGUCAAUGCUGAGAGGUGGUCCUCUUUCUGACCCCUACCGACUUCGCCAGUUUCAUCUUCACUGGGGCUCCUCUGAUGAUCACGGCUCUGAGCACAUGGUGGAUGGAGUCAAGUAUGCAGCAGAGCUUCAUUUGGUGCACUGGAAUCCAAAGUAUAACACUUUUGGGGGAGCUCUGAAACAACGUGAUGGAAUUGCAGUGGUUGGCAUUUUUCUGAAAAUAGGACGAGAGAAAGGCGAGUUCCAACUUCUCCUUGAUGCACUGGACAAAGUUAAGACAAAGGGCAAGGAGGCCCCCUUCACUCACUUCAAUCCGUCCUGCCUGUUCCCCUCCUGCCGGGACUACUGGACCUACAACGGCUCCUUCACCACGCCCCCCUGCGAGGAGUGCAUCGUGUGGCUGCUGCUGAAGGAGCCCAUGAGCGUGAGCUCCGACCAGAUGGCCAAGCUGCGCAGCAUCUUCGCCAGUGCCGAGAACGAGCCCCCGGUGCCCCUGGUGGGGAACUGGCGCCCUCCGCAGCCUCUGAAGGGCAGGGUGGUGAGAGCCUCCUUCAAGUGAGGCCGCAGGAUCUUGCCCUGUUCAGGAAAGGAAGCCUGCCGGCCGAGAGCGGUGCCUUGCCUCCCUCUGGUGCUCCUCACUCCAAGUCUAUUCAUCUUUCCACACCCAGAGAGAAAUGGGAGAGACCCAGACGCCCGAGAAACUGGUUACUUUUGACAAGAAGUAAUACAAAAACACGAAUUUCACACUUGAUCUUUGUAAUAAUCAUCUUUUCUAUAAAGUAGUCUUUCUAGUAAGCUUUCAAAGAAGAAGAAACAGACAGAAGAGUAAAGAUACAGGAAAAUGGCUAUUGAGCACCAUUUCUCUGUCAUCUUAAAUUCACAGAACCUCAGGUUUCCUAUGUUCAUAUUAUGCAUUGUGCACCUUGCAGAAGUAAUGAAUGAUUUUAUUUGUAGGAGCAGAGGUGAUGUUUCUAUAAAUAAGCCAGAAAUUAAAAUGAUUGUAGACACUGCAAAUUGAAUGUGUUUCAUCUCUUAACACCAAGGGGCCCAUUAUUUAUUAAAAUUUUAGCUCAGACUAAGGUCACCUGGUUUUGGCUAUCAAUGAAAGGAAAACACAGUAAGACCAAGACUUUGAAAACAUGUGAUCCAGCAUUUGAAUUUCUUCUUCAUAGAGAUGGUUUUCUUUACCUGAAGCAGGGCCAUUUAUUUUUUAUUUCAUUACUUUUAUCUUUGCAUGCCUGUUAAAAUAAAAACUGCCUCUGAUGUCUUUCAAAUUCAGGGCUGGGAUUAAAUGGUUCCUAGAAUAUGAAGGAGUGAUUGGUGGCACUCGAAGUAAAAGUAGCUGUACUGAUUGAUCACUGAAUAAAGACAUGGAUGCAAAAAGACAAAAA